UCCUUUAAUCAGAGGUGUUUGAAGAGUGCAUUCGUAUGUUGGCAGCUUAAAUUAGUCUGUGUCAUUUGAAUAAGAUAUUAGAACUUGCUAGCCAAGUGUUUCAGAAAAGUUGUUUACUCCUGCGUACGUUAUUACGGUAAAGCGACAUUAUGGGAAUAGUGAGGGCUGCGUGUGUAGCUCUUUGCAGAACUAUUACAACCAUGGCACAGUAUAAAUUCAUUGAUAUUGGUGUGAACCUGACUGAUCCCAUGUUCAGAGGACUCUACAGGGGGAAGCAAAAACAUGACGAUGACUUUGAUCAGAUCAUCGGCAGAGCUCUUGGAAUUGGUGUUGAAAAGUUUAUGAUCACAGGAGGGAACCUUGAAGACAGCAAGGAAGCUGUUAAACUGGCUGAGACCCGAGGUGAAUUUUACUGCACAGUUGGUUGCCAUCCCACCCGCUGCAGUGAGUUUGAGCAGAAUGGAGAAUCACAGUACUUCUCUGGGCUGAAUGAGCUGGCAGCAGCUCACAGAGGAAAAGUGGUGGCCAUUGGGGAGUGUGGGCUAGAUUUUGACAGAUUGGAAUUUUGCCCAAAAGAGACUCAACUUAAAUACUUUGAGAAGCAGUUUGACUUGGCAGAAGAGACCAAGUUGCCCAUGUUCCUCCACUGCAGAAACUCCCAUCAGGAAUUCAUUGAUAUCAUGAAGAGAAAUCGAGACAGAUGUGUUGGAGGAGUGGUCCACUCAUUUGAUGGGACAGCAGAGGAUGCUGCAGCACUCAUUGACCUGGAUCUUUAUAUUGGAAUAAAUGGAUGCUCUUUGAAAACAGAGGCUAAUAUGGAAGCCAUGAAGGCUAUCCCCACUGAGCGACUCAUGAUUGAAACUGAUGCUCCAUGGUGUGGUGUGAAGAACACUCAUGCUGGCUCCAAAUAUGUUAAAACAACAUUUCCCACAAAGAAGAAAUGGGAAGCAGGCCACUGCCUGAAAGACCGAAAUGAACCCUGUCAUAUCAUACAAGUUUUAGAGGUGAUUGCAGCUGCAAGGGAAGAGGAUCCAGUGGAGUUAGCCAACACAAUUUACAGCAACACCAUCAAAGUAUUUUUCAGCUCUAGCUGAUGAUAAAUACACAUAGAGAUGUGCAUAAAUGCAUGCAUAUUUUGUGCCUCAAUAAAUGUAUGGAUUAAACAUUGCCAUUUUCCAAAAUGAAA